UGUAAUUUCGAAUUCUCGCGACUCGCGGCUGCGUUCAAGAUUGACCGGAAAGAGUCAACAGCCAGCAGUGCUGCCAUCUGUUCCACUCUCUCUUUCAUCGCCGUUCACGUUAAUCGGCGUCAGUUUCUUUUUCCGGUGUGUCAAAAUGGGUAUCGACAUCAACCAUAAACAUGACCGUAAGGUUCGGCGAACCGAGCCCAAGUCGCAGGACGUGUAUCUCAGGCUUCUCGUCAAGUUGUACCGCUUCUUGGCCAGGCGUACUACUUCCAAGUUCAAUAAGAUCAUCCUCAAGCGUUUGUUUAUGAGCAAAAUCAACCGUCCGCCGAUUUCACUGGCUCGUAUUAUCAGGUUCAUGAAGAAGGAGGGUCGUGCUAACCGAAUCGCAGUCAUCGUUGGAACUGUCACUGAUGAUGCCAGAAUUUUGGAAGUACCCAAAUUGACGGUAUGCGCACUCCGUGUUACUGCAAAAGCGCGAGGACGUAUCUUGAAGGCUGGCGGAGAGUUGAUAACUUUUGAUCAACUGGCGCUACGUUCACCGACUGGAAAGAACACAGUUUUGAUGCAGGGACGCAGGAAUGCUCGUGAAGCAGUCAAACACUUCGGGCCAGCACCCGGAGUGCCACAUUCUCACACUAAGCCACUUGUACGCUCAAAGGGACGUAAGUUUGAACGUGCCAGGGGACGUAGGCGUAGCUGCGGUUACAAGAAGUAAACCAUCCUACUUCGCCGUCGUUUUUUUUUUCGCCAUCAGUACACGACUUUUACGUUUAGAUAUUCAUUUAAUACUUCAAUACCUUGAUUGUGUAUCGAUUGUGUUGUACUUUGGUACAAGGGAAUGGUGCGAAAUAAAUGUCG